UUUCAGAUGGCUUUUUUGGCUCCUCACAGCUUGGAUUCGAGCUGCAUCCCGCCGUUGGCUUUCAUUGUUCCAUUUUCACUUAUCAGUACAACGAAAGUAACAUUUCGAAAUAAGUUUUGUAAGGGUAUACAUUAAUUCCCACAGAUCAGUUGCGUUUGUGCUUUCGACUGUGGAAUCGUUGCUUAUGAAGAACGAAUCUCUGGAUGUGGAAAUCUAUUCCAUAUCAACACGAAGUAACGUCAGAGCUUUGGAGUCAUUCAUUGCCCUUCCACUACAAAAACAAAAAAUCCCUUUGUGUUCAUGGGAUUCAAGGCUUGUUUCGAUCCCAAACUGCCCUCUCAAAAAACGACCGUUUGUAUGGCUCCAUGUACUUCACGUAUUCUCAAGAUAACAAUGAACCAUUCUUUAAUUGUUUGCCAUCAAUUCUUCAUACCCUGUUGCUUCAGACUUCAACUGACGGCCAUGCAUAGCAUCUAGUUCAAGGCUCGUUACCAUCUCUCUGUGCUUGUUUAAUUUCUUCUUUCGUGGUACAGUUGUUCUUUUGAUAGCGCAUUGUCUGGAUUUGAAACGUUUGAUGCAGUGAAUCUGUUUCAAGAACCGUUUGUAUUCAUGUCUUCUUGAAUUCAGAAGCCUCUAGCUGUUCUAUAUAUUGAUUCACCAAGUGGGGUUUUGCCAAUAUUUUGUGGAAUUUAGGCUUAAUGGUGACUAGAAAGGGGGUUUUAUAUUUCAGCUUUAGGAUUUUGCAUUCAAAAUUCGGAAUUGCGCUGUCCUCUAUUGAUGGGAAAGUGAAGUUUUACUUAUUGAAGUAAUUUGUAAAUUGAAGUUGCCAUUUCUAGUCUUUAUUUCUUACCACACACGAUUGCCUUUUUGUUAUCAUGUAUAUAUGAAAAUCAUGCGGUAGCAAAUUUCAAAUUGGAGUUGGCAUUUCUCUGGUUGUCAAAUGUUGCAUUUUGGAGGUUCCUGUACGUGGUUUUAGGGAAUAUCAAUUUCUUGGACAUUAGUUGCCCCUUGAAUGAGUCCUUAAGUUGGAGUUUUUAUGAAUCCAGGGGCUAUUCUGGAUUGGGAAAGCUAAAUUUCUGGGUGGAUGACGGAAUUUGAUUCACGUGAUGACAAAUUUGUCACAAGAAAGGUGCUAAGAGUGAUGAUUCAAAUGAUCAAUUGUCCCUGUCUGCCUCUCAUUUGUCGGUGGCGUUGUUUUUUUGUGUUGGAGAAGUCUAUUAGAAAUUCUUUGCGAGUUCAGAAGGGUAAGGAGAGUAGGGAAAACAAAUCAACGUCUUGCGCUUGUUAUAGUUUUUCUAGAGAUGCAACAUUCUGCUGCUGUUUGGGAUCACAAGGCCGCAAUGGAAGUGAUCAAAGGCUCUAAUGGGAUCGAUCAAGUUGUACUUCGAAACCAACAAGGGUCUUCAGUGCGGGUUAGCUUACAAGGAGGCCAAAUCACUUCUUGGCAGAAUGGUCGAGGUGAAGAACUUCUCUUCACUAGUAGCAAGGUGAAGUUUAAGCCUCCUAAACCAGCUCGGGGAGGGAUUGUCAUAUGCUUCCCUCAGUUUGGAAACUGUGGUUCACUUGAACAACAUGGAUUUGCAAGGAACAAAAUUUGGAGUAUUGAUGAGAAUCCUCCACCUCUGCACCCAAAGGAUUCUCUUGGUCAAUCAUUUGUUGACUUGCUACUUCAACCAUCUAAAGAAGAUCUUAAGUGCUGGCCACAUAGUUAUGAGCUUCGUCUUAGGGUUGCACUUUCAGCAGAUGGAAAACUGAACUUGACUUCGCGAGUUAAAAACACUAUUGGCAAGCCCUUUAGUUUUGCAUUCGCAUAUCAUUCAUAUUUGUCUGUCUCUGACAUAAGUGAAGUGAGGAUAGAAGGGAUGGAAAUACUUGACUAUCUAGACAACCUUCGCCAAAAAGAACGUUUUACAGAGCAAGGAGAUGCCAUAACUUUUGAAUCUGAGGUGGACCGAGUUUAUCUUAAAUCUCCAAGUACUGUUGCAGUCCUUGAUCAUGGAAAAAAACGAACAUGUGUGAUAAGGAAGGCCGGGCUGGAUGAUGUUGCGGUUUGGAAUCCAUGGGAGAAUAAAUCAAAAGCCAUGGCGGAUCUUGGGGCCAGGGAGUACAAGCAGAUGGUUUGCGUCGACGCUGCAGCCGUUGAGAAGCCUAUCCGUCUGAAGGCAGGAGAGGAAUGGACCGGCCAGGUGGAAUUCAUAAAUGUGGCUUCAUGUUUCUGCAGCGACGCCUGGUUGUCUUAAACCAAUGCCUUUGCUGUUGUUGCCUUCUUGUUGCAGUUCUUAUAGCUGGUUUUGAGUAAUAAGUUUGAAUCAAGACUUGUAGUAGUAGGGAAAUGCCUGGGUGUGUGUGUUUAAAUAAAGACUUCUUGUAGGUGAAUGCUUCUCUGUUUCUCUCUCUCUCUCUCUGUAAGCAUGUGUGUUGAUUUGUGUAUUGGGCAUUCUAAGGGCUUGGCUUGAUAAUGAAAUUUGUAUUGGUUGAUUUUGUGCAUCUGGAAGUGGAACUUUAGGAGAUGGUUGAUGUU